CGCUUCAAGCUCGCGCUGCUGCCCUGCGCCUUCAUCCUGCUCUACUCGGCCUACGGCAUCCUCGCCGGCUCAGACGACGAGGAGGACUUGUCGCAAAACGCGAUCGCGGCGGCAAGACAAGCCCAGCCCCCAAGCCCCGCCCUCGCCCCCCCGACUCCAGGCGCGCGCGUCGCCACCCCGCUGCUGCUCGCCCUGGUCUGCAUCGAGCUCUCCGACGUGCCUGCUGUUUUCGGCGUGACCACCGACCCCUUCCUCGCCCUCUCCUCCAACGCGUGA